AUGGAACGAUUGGUGUAUCCUGAGCACACGCCAGAUCUGGUCGAAGAACGGUCGGAAGAUAACUGGAUCGAUAUCGACGUGAUUGGCCGUCAAAACCAGGAAGAUAACUUCGUGGCUGUGAUGGUUGAAGCACAGAAGCGUGCCUCAGCACGCAAGAUCGAAGAAGCCGAACACAAUGCUGCUGAGAUGACCAAACAAUUGGAGAACAUGCUCAAAGGUGCCUGUGAGGAAAGAGAUGAUGCAAAGGAGUUGUGUGGAAAACUUAAGGAUGCCGCUUUCGAAGAGCGUCGACUCCUCGCAGACCAACUCAGCAUCGCCAGAGCGGAAUACGAAACAGUCAGAAAUGAAGCACAAGAUCUCGUACAUCGUCUUCAAGCCGAGAUGGACGCACAGCGUCUGCGACAUACAGAGGCAAUUGCAAAUGCCAAAUUGGAGUAUCAUGAAUCUCUGGCAUCUGCAAACCGCUAUUAUGAAGAACUCCAGAUCAUCCGAGGGCAAGAACAAGAAGCCCACCAACAACAACUCGACACCGCUAGCUCAGACUGGGAGGCGCGCACAAAGGAGACACAACAACAUUGCGAGAACAUCAAAGCCGAGAUGGACACAGAACGUCUGCGCCACACUGAAACAAUCGCCGAUGCCAAAUCUCUGGAAUCCGCAGGACGCGAGUGUGAAGAACUUCGGGUUUCCUAUGCGCAAGAGAGAGAAGAGCUGCGGGUAUCCCACGAUCUAGAGAAAGCAGCACAUAAGUACCACGUCGAAACCAUCAACUCCGAAUGGAGAGCGCUCACCAGAGAUGCACAACAAUGUUGCGAGAACCUCAGGGCUGAGAUGGAUGAAGAACGUAAGAAGCAUGUAAGGGUAUGCGAAGACACCAGACUGGUCCACGAAACAUACAUGAGCUGCACAGUACGCCAACACGAACAGGAAAAGGCGGUGAUACUCGAACAGCUGAAACAUAGCUCGGAAAUAGUCGAAACUCUGGAAGUCAAGAUCCAGAACCAUUGCCAGGCGAUUGAAGAACUCAAGGAAGAGCUAAUUACCCAGGUCAAUGCCGCAACGCAGCGCAAUGCUGAUAUCCAGUCACUUACGAGUGAACUUGCUUCUGUCCAAAGAGCACAUGACGACAUAUUCUUGUUGUGGAAAGAUCAGAUCAGAAAGACUGAAGUUGAAGCCAAACGAGUGAGGCGACUGACCAGCGAACUCGAUUUCGCUGCAAGCGAUAAGAUAAUGCUUGAGAAAAAGGGUUCUUCAGUGGAAGACGAGUUUGAACGGGCACAUGCAUACCACUCGGACCCGGCAAACGUCAGAUUACCCGAUGACGAGAUCGAGGAGGAACUAGCGGACAAGACCCAAUCUCUCUGCGAAGAUUGUGUUCGCCUCAAGUGGGAGAAUACAGAGCAUAGUAUGAUCAUUGACGGCCUUGAAGUUGAGCUCAUGGCAGCCCGGACCGAGACCUGGGAGACUCGACAAGAGCAUAUGGUAGAGAUUGGUCGUCUGACCAACCCCUCUGAACACCCUCUCGUUGUCCGCGUCGUCGCUUACGCUAGUGACCUACGCCAUGGAUGGCGUGAAGUCGCUUUGAUCAAGAUGAAUCCAGACACGUCAUUCCAGAGUGUCCUGAAGAGUCUCCGCCAAAGCCAUCCACGAAAGGUUUUGCAGGUUGAGGCUACUGGCAGGUUUGUCUUUGACUCAGACACGCCGACUCAACUGGGCCUCAAAGGUGGAGAAACCUUGCUUUUCUUCCAGGAGGGAGACGAGCCGAAAGUUAUGCUAGAUGCGACGAUGGCCGUGAUGAGUGAUUGGAGGGGCAAUAACGCCACCAUUUGA